AUGGCACAAUGUUGGGAGAAUCAGGCAGCCAUUUGGAGUAAGAAGAUGACGACGUUGAAGACGGAAAUAGAGACGGCAAAGAAAGUAACGACGACAUGUUUUGAGAUUGUUCACUUCCGCUCCGUCUGUAGCUCGUGGCGAUCAGCCAUACCUCGGCCAAGCUAUAAGCUAGGAUUAGGCCUUAACAGCCUUCUACCUGUUUUCAAUCACAGGCCUGGGUUCGAGCAGUGCAUACUAAAAAGGAUUGCAGUUUUCCUCUUCAGAUUCCAGACUCCCUUUGGUACUGAUUAUCUGUUGAUUGGAGUGAGCGAGGGAGAAUCAGGUGAACAGGUAUUGAUGUGCCCUUUUCAUGGUGGUAGUUGGAGAUAUAAAGACGUGACAACUCUCGACACUCUAAACUCUCAAAUCAUCUUCAUGGGUUUUUCCUACAAGGUUUUUUUUUCUUUCUUUCGUCCCUCUAGAUCACGAACUGAGAGGUAUACCAAUAGAGUUGCGUUUCUUCCUUUAGACGGUAAAGAAUUUGCAGUAGUAGCUGGAGUGUUUGGGGAUUUAAUGAUGUAUAGAAGCUGUGACAAGGGCUGGACUAAACUCGAGGGUCACGCAUAUGGAGAUAUGGUUUCAUUCAAAGGCAAGGUUUAUGUCGUUGAUAUGAGUGGACAAGGACAUGUUUUUGUUAUCGAACCCUCAUUUGAAAUUACUGAGAUCCAAGCAGUCACAUUGUCUCACGAGAUUUAUGAAGAGAGACUGGUUGUGUCAGGAGAUGAGCUCUUCCUGGUGCAGAGAUUUACUCUAGGAAUGGAUUGUAAUGAGUAUGAGCAUUCAUGGUUUAGAUUGUUUAGGCUUGAAGAAGAUGGCCAGAGGAGAUGGGUUCGUAUUAAUGACAUAAAGGACCGAGUGGUGGUUCUUGGUUGGGACUGGAGUCUCUGCUGCUCGGCGAAAGAGCUUCCCGGUAUGAAAGGAAACUCUGUUGUGUUCAAUGAAGAACGGAACAACCACCAUGAGAGAAUCUUUGUGUUUGAUUUAAAACCCAUGAAGACUAGUAAUGCUUUUACUGAAUGGAGAGGCUAUAUGUUCGGCGAAAAUCAAGAGUCUUUGUUGUCCUGUGGAAUUCUGACGCACCGAAUCCAGAUUCCAGCAGACGGCUUCUAUGACUCAUCAAGUGAAUCUGAAAUAGAACCUCAAUGA